GAGUGAUUAAUUUUGGUACAAUAUAAGGAUCUAAUAGUAAGUUUCCUAAAUAAUACGACUUUCCACUCCUUUUGCUUCUUUAAAUUCACCUCUGCUGCUCUAGGUUUCUUGAGUUCUUCCACACACACCAACAUGACGCCCAUCACAAAUUUUCUUGGAAUUCUUGGCACAGAUUUGCCAACAUCCAUAUUGUUUACUCUCUGCGGUAUAUUUGCAGUCAUUUGGUAUACAUGGGCAUGUAUCAAGUCCCAUAACCAAAGGAGUUCGCCGCUGCCGCCAGGACCACCUGGCCUACCGGUUAUUGGCAACCUGGCCUCUCUUGACCCGGAGCUCCACUCAUACUUUGCAUCUCUGGCCCAUCGAUACGGGCCAAUCUUUAAGCUCCGACUCGGAUACAAGCUUGGUAUCGUCGUAACCUCCCCAUCUUUGGUUCGUGAAGUUCUUAAAGACAAAGAUAUCACCUUUGCUAACCGAGAUGUCCCUGAUGUCGCCCGGUCCGCCGCCUAUGGGGGAGUCGAUAUUGUUUGGACCCCAUACGGGCCAGAAUGGAGGAUGUUAAGGAAAGUUUGUGUCCUCAAAAUGCUUAGCAACACCACCUUAGACUCUGUCUACGCCCUUCGCCGCCAUGAGGUCCGGAAAACCGUUGGUUACCUAUAUAAUCGGGUCGGUUCACCAGUGGACUUUGGAGAGCAAAUAUUUUUAGCUAUACUGAAUGUGAUUACCAAUAUGUUAUGGGGAGACACAGUACAAGAGGAAGAGAGAGCGAGCUUAGGAUCAGAGUUCAGGAAGGUGGUUGCUGACAUGACCGCCUUACUGGGUAAACCCAAUAUUUCGGAUUUUUUCCCGGGUUUGGUUCGAUUUGACUUGCAAGGUCUGCAAAAGAAGAUGGACAGCUUGUCCGUUCAGUUUGAUGGGAUCUUCGAAAGAAUGAUUGCGAAACGGUUGAAGAUGGAUUCAGAGGGUGGAGAAAGUGCCAGAGAGUGUAAAGACUUCUUGCAAUUCUUGUUGAAGGUGAAAGAAGAAGGAGAUACUAAGACCCCUCUUACAAUGACUCACGUCAAAGCUUUGCUCAUGGAUAUGAUUGUGGGCGGUUCAGACACAUCAUCAAACUCAAUUGAGUUUGCAAUGGCAGAGAUUAUGAACAAAUCAGAAGUAAUGAGAAAAGCUCAGCAAGAAUUAGACACGGUUGUCGGAAAAAACAAUAUAGUAGAAGAGUCUCACAUACACCAACUGCCUUAUUUGUAUGCUAUCAUGAAAGAGUCAUUGCGAUUGCACCCAGCACUCCCCUUAUUAGUCCCUCAUUGCCCUAGUGAAACCUGCACUGUAGGAGGGUACACCAUUCCGAAGGGUGCUCGAGUUUUCAUUAACGUGUGGGCGAUACAUAGAGACCCUUCAGUUUGGGAAGACCCGUUGGAAUUUAAACCAGAGAGGUUUUUGGAUAGUGGAUGGGAUUACAGUGGAAAUGAUUUUAAUUAUUUCCCAUUUGGGUCUGGAAGGAGAAUUUGUGCUGGUAUUGCAAUGGCUGAGAGGAUGUUUUUGUAUUCACUUGCUACAUUAUUGCAUUCUUUUGAUUGGAAAUUGCCUGCAGAAGGAAAGAAGAUGGAUCUUUCUGAGAAGUUUGGGAUUGUUUUGAAGUUGAAAAAUUCUCUGAUCGCUGUUCCAACACCAAGGUUGUCUGAUCCGAAACUCUAUGAGUAGUUCUCUUUUGUACUGCUUAUAAUUGUUGUACAUUAAGUACCAGAAUUUGAAGAUUUUUAUAAAUACGAACAUAAAUCAGACUAUAUUUUAAAAAUAAGUAAAUAGAGACCUACUUUAAAAACGA